AUGAGCGACCCCCUACCGGUCAUCCGAUCUCCGUUUGCGGCUCUUUCUGGAUUUACGGAUGAGUUUGACUCGAUUAAAGAGAUGUGUGCCACAGUGAGAGAAGGAUUAUUCCUAGAAGAGUCUGCCAUCCCUUACCUCCCAGUCUGUCUAAACGAUACCAGUGUUGAGCUAAACGCAUAUCUCUACGACUUCUUCAAGCAUGGGAGCUUGAAGGUACUGGUGCGUGACAACCUUAUCAAACGGAGUGAUGUGUGGUUCCACCUCAAGGACUUUUCUCUGGUACUGAAGACCAUCGUGACCAGCCUCAAGGGCGUCCUUGAUUCAGGAGGCGACUUCUACAUGGAGGAUCUUGAUAACGAUGACAACAUGAGCGACGCGGGCGAAGAAGAUGAUGGCGGUAUCUUGAAGGCGGCUAGGGUACAGAAACCAGAUAAGUCAUCCGAGAAGGUUGCCCAAGCGUUAGCCAAAGAUCAUGUCAGCGCUGAGGUACCCGAUAGCUGGGAGGAUGAGAGUAAUGCAUCUGAAUCCGAAUCUAAAGAAUCUGUACCUGGUUCAGAUAUUUUUGGCUCAUCUGCGGCCGAAGAUACAAUUGGUAUGGAGUCAGAGUUGGAUAAGGGGUAUGGAUUGCUGCAGGUUCUAAGGGCAUUCGAGUUGCUAGAGACCGAGUUCGCAGCCAAGUUCUACAAGAUUGGGGCUUAA